AUGGCUAACAGUAGCGCUGUGUCUUCGACUUUACCAUCAAGAGAAUAUCAUUGCAAAGUUUGCGAUCUAUAUUUGGACACUGUCGAUUCUUUAGAGGUACACUUGCAAUAUCAUAAAGAAAACUUAUAUGUGAAAUGGGGUACGCAAAAUUCUCAGAAUGAUACGGACAAUAAUAACGGCACUAAACUGAAAAGUGAGACAACAGUAUCUGCGCCAGCCGACUCCAGUGACAAUAUGAUUACUAAACCAAGUCCUGAGUUCCAGCAGCGAGCGACGCCGGAAACUUCAACGCAGUUUCAACAUCCAGCAACACCGCAAAGUUAUCACAGUGCUCCUUCACCAUACCAGAAUCCAGAUCAAACCAACUUCUCGCCUGGGACACAAUUUGGUAAUAAUUACGCUCAUACUAAUUUUUCCCAAAAUCAACAUUCAGAACAAAUAUCAUGGGAACAGUCACAAUAUAAUCAAGAAUACCACAAACCGAGUCGCUUUCAUCCUUAUAAUAUGCAAGAAAGAGUUGCACAAGUUUCAUCUUCAAGUCCAUUAUACGGACAGCCUUUAAACCAACCUACGCCGUCACCUUCACCUAAUCAGUGCGAUAAAUGCGGUUUUGUGUGUGAUUCCGCCGUCCAACUUAAUGAACACUGUAGUUCAGCUCACGCAAGUUCAAGUUCUGCUCCGAUAUCAGGGUCUCUUCCAUUUCAACAAUUUCCUAUAAAACAGUUUAAUAAUUCAGGAUAUCCAAAUGAAAAUGUUAAAGUAAAAGAAGAACAUGAAGAGUCAUCUGAUAUUUUAGACUUAGACUCUCAAAAAGUAGUUUAUCAAGGAAAUGAAGGUGAACAACCGAACGCAGCAUACGAUGAAGUCGCAUCUCAAGGAAGGGAGGUCAACACUCGUACGGUUCCAAUGAUGCCAUGGGAAACUCAGAAACUAUAUAACAAUCCACAGAUAAAUGGUGAUGUAUCACUUUUUAAAGAUCAAAAAAUGUUUGCAGAGCAAAAAGCUUAUGCGGCCGAUACAAAGAUGUUCCAUCCCGAUCAAAAGUUUCCUUAUGUUCAAGAUAAAUUUCUCAGCGUUCAUCACGAUCAAAAACCAUUUUUGCACGUUGAACAAAAAAUAUAUCCCGGUGUACAAAUACCACCUUUACCUGAAUAUCCAGGACAAGUUGCCUCAUCUAACUCAGACAUGAAACCGCCUUACCGUCCAUAUGAUUCACCCACUGUACCACAAAUUACAAGCACACAGCCAACCAAUCCUACCUCUUCCGCAUUACCCUCUAUUGGAGGAAAGGGUGCUAAUUGGAAGUCAAACGAAGCGAGAAGGCCAAAAACUUAUAAUUGCACAGCAUGUAACAAAUGGUUUACAAGUUCUGGACACCUUAAAAGGCAUUACAAUACAACGCUUCAUAAAAAUGCCGUUAGAUCAUCUGGUCAACCAGACCCAGCUACAAUGCCAAUUUCAAGCCAUCAUCAUCCUAGUCGUGAUGCACUUCAAGCACGAGCACAACAGCAGAGUGCCGACUCGAAUACACAAAGCCCAGUUCCUUCCGACGACAGCCGCAGCGUCGACGAAGCAGUGUUACAAUCGCCGUAUGCAUCACAAAACUUCGAGCGCAGUCACCGUGUUGCAACAAUGCAAUCUAAGUCACCGUAUACACAUCUUCAACAGGGUAAUUUAGAUAAUAAUUUCAGUAAUAAUCCAUUAGCUAAUCAUCCAUUACAGCAUCAGGUUGGGUCACAUCCCAUUAAUAUGGGAAAUCAGCCGCCAGGUAUAGGUAAUCCAAAUGAUAAUAAUCAUCCAGGGUCAAAAAGUGUCCCUAUAUCUUCAUCGGGGAAUCCCCCAAACGGGGAAGCAGGUCCCUCUGUUUCUCAAAAUCACCAUAUGAGGGGCCUGCUAUCAGUGUCAACCAGCAAUAUUUCAACUCCAGUACUAACACAGAGUACACCGGGGCUUACAGCCCACACGUUGCCACCGUUCAGUCAUUUGGGUGUCAACCCGUACAGCCCGAGGUCUACGGAUCCUUUGGGUCCUUCAGUGCCGGAUCCCACCCACACCCCCUUAUAUUUGGGUCAGAAUUUUCAGCAGACUAUAGCACCGAGUUACCCAAACGGGAUGGCCCCCCACGUUAUGGAUAUGGCUAUCAACAAUCUGCCUAUAGCCAAUCCGGCUACUUUUGGUGAAACCACACCUGAAGAAGCCGAAGUUAUGGAACAAGAAACGUUGAAAACACCUGCGGGUGGACGCUUGCCAAGUUUUGCGCAACUGCAGACUCAGAGUUUCAGCGUUUAUGUUUCUAACUAUGUCACACAGCCUAACGUGGGGGGUCAAGUUGUUUCUGAUGAGUCGGCCGCUGGUUAUAUCAUCGUAGAUCCGGUCCACUCGCCGAUACAGUAUAACAACAUUGACAUUUGUGGACAAAGCAUGGAAUUUGAUUAUAGCUUUUCACCAAGGACAGUAAAAGAAAACAUGCUUGGCUACAGUCCAGAAAAUAUUAAGGUUUACCCUUACGGCUACGUGGUAGGUGGGAAAACGAUAAAGCGGGAGGACGACGUUCUACGAACUGAUGCUAGUGAACUUCAAAUUUUAAAAAUAGAGGACAUUAUGGAUUAUGCUAAUAAAGAAAACUAUGGCGCACAAAUGAAAUCGCCUGCAAGUCCGGAGAGUGCAAAGGCUGAGAACGAAAGUCAAGGGUCACCCUCUAUAUCUUCAACGGUGACGAGUACACCGCUCACCGAGCGGAAUCAGUUGAAGAAAACCGCACCGACCACCGUGCAUAAAUGCUACGAAUGUGAUAAGUUAUUUAACAAGGCGUGUUAUCUCACACAACACAAUAAAACUUUUCACUCGGGCGCUAAGCCGUUUAAGUGUGAUCGGUGUGGCAAACGCUUCUCUGAUGAUGUUUCGUACGAGGGUCAUUACAUGAAACAUGCAGACAAUAAGCCGUUUAAAUGUAAUGAGUGCCCGAAGUCUUUUAACCACAAGACAGAUUUGCGUCGACAUAUGUGUUUGCAUUCUGGCUGUAAACCUUUCGCCUGUGACCAUUGCGGUAAAGGAUUCAUAAGGAAAGAUCACAUGGUAAAACAUGUCGAUAUUCACAUUAAAAAAAAUCUCAGGUCAUCGUCAUCAUCAGUGUCGUCAACGUCGCCCUCCUCCACGUCGUGA